UUAAUAACAGUUAACGUGUCUUUAUUAAAUGUCAGUGUAUAGUCUGUUACAUGGCAGUGUUUACAGGCUCCAGCGUUUACUAAAACUUAACUAGUGUUAGGUUGAAGACUGUAUAGAUCCAGCAUGCUGAAGUCUCUACGCAGGUGCUGCGAGCGGUCAGCUCUCCUCCUUGUUGCUAGGCGACCAUGGAGCUCCAGCUCGGUGAGCCCACCUCCUCUACACACCAGACUCCUGCUGUUCCUCACCCAGCGUUUCUAUGACGUAGAGAUGCUCCUGAGCUGGAGGUCCAAGCUGAGGAGUAGAGGGCUUCAGAAGAAGAACAUUUACUUUGGCUACACUCAGAAGUUUUAUGGAGCAGACAUAGCAGCAGCAUAUUAUAUCUUGAGUCUGAAGGGAGGAUUUAGGUUUGUUGGCCAGCCAGCCUGGUUCCGCGCAGACGAGAGGGGCAGGUUCAAUUGGGACUUCUUGAAUCACAAAGAUACCCCUCUAGAGGAAAUAGACAUGAGCUACACAGUCAUCAACUACACUGGACUGGGGAACCUGGAGAACCAGAGAUCUUUACGGAGUCUGUCCCUGCGAGGAUGUUCUGAAGUGGACGACUGGUUCCUGGCCAGGCUCCACAUGUUCCAGGACUCUCUGGAGGAACUGGACAUAUCACAUUGUCCACGCAUCACCACAGGCGGUCUGGCUGCCCUGAGAAAUCUCAAGGGACUGCAGCGUCUGGACAUAUCGUCCCUCCCAGGGAUUUCCAGUCCUGGAUUGGUCAUCAUCCUGCUGGAGGAGAUGUUACCACAAUGCCAGAUCACUGCCACUGGCUACGACCACAGCCUGAGGCAGGAGGAGGGAGAGGAGAAGGAGGAGCAGAUGCAAGCACAGAGGUAGGGCAUGGACCAAGACAGGAAUCAGAAGAAUCAAGGGAUACAAUGCAGAAAGAGGUAAAAGUCCUCUAAGAGAGCUCUGCUGCCUGAUCAUAUACUAGUCUGAGAGAGAGAGGGUGAUGAUGGAGCAAAGAUAGGUGCAGAGGACACAACUGACAUGAAAAGAAGAGAGGCGAUUCUCCUCUGCAAGUCUGAUUAUUGCAGCAAUUCAGCCAUCAAGGAUCUUUUUUCAGUACUGUACCAAGCCAAGUUUAGGGUUAUCAUACAGAAAGUCAAGCUAGCAUUUAGAAUUUUACAUCUGCAUCUGCAAGUCUUGGCACACUCCUCCAGAAUGAGCCUUUUAUAUACCCAAAUUGGACACUGGAAACAUCUAACCAGAUAUGAACAUGGGAAAAAGAAAAAAUACAGCAAUGUGGAAGAACAAAUGUACUACCUUAAAUUUGUGGGAUUAUUUGGCAUAAUCCUUCAAAGUAUACAGUUUGUUAUCACAGUCUGCUUGGUAUAGUGUGUUGUUUUCCCAUCAACUUGCUGUCAAGAGUGCGUACAUUUAUAAUAUCAAAUGCACAUUCUGAAAUAUUUACAAUGCAAUAUCAUGUCUCUGUCUCAAGCAAAAUGCACAUUGUCUGCCUAUGUGGCAGUAAUUUUAUUUGUUGCCGAAAUGUAAAUAUAAUUGUAAAUGUUGUGAAUAAAGAUUUUAUUGUUCAGAAUCA